AUGCUUAUUGUUUCUUUCACACUUGACCAAGAAGCCCAGAGAACUUAAAAAUCUACCUUAUUAUGGGAUACUAAACUAAACAAAUCCAUUAAAAUAAUAAAAAAUAUGAACCUAGAAGAAGAUCCUUAUAUUAUAAUAAAUGGAACUGAAUAUUUAAAAUAAAUAAUCUAUUUGAAUACUGAUUUAGAUUAUCAUUUUUUAAUGAAGGUAAAAGAAGAUAAAAUAGAUUUUAAUAUUAUAGAGCGGGGAUUAUAGUAAAGCAAGGAAUGGGUGCGCUCAUAUGAUUAAUAAUAGGAAAAGCAUAUCCAGGAUAAUUUCAUCUAUCUAGAAGAAUUUGAAAUUUUUGGUAUUAGAUCUAAGUAUAAAAAUAUAAUAAGACCAAAGAACCAUCACUUUUUGCUAGUAUUAAAAGAUAUAGAUGGUACAUGCUUAUUUUACCUUAAAAAAGAUUUUACACUAGUUAAUAAAACAGAUUAUGCAAAAAUCAAGUUUAGAUUCUUGGAGAAACUCGAUUAGAGAUAUGCUAUUGAUUAGGACAACUAUUUAUAUAUAGUUCCACCUACAAAGACAUCAAAAUCAAUAGUUUAAUAAUUAGCAUAAUUGAAAUUAGAUAAUCAAGAGAUCAUGAUCGAUACUCUAAAUUUUAUACUAACCAAGAAAAUUAAUCAAUUUAUUAUAUUUAGGAUUCAUUUCUUUACAGAAUAAAUGACAUGGGAUUAAUCAAAAAGUUUAGCUGACAUUGAUAAAUUUGAGCAAAAAAUCUAUUUAAAAUUAAAGGAUUUAAAUAAAGAUGAUAGAUUUGAAAGAAUGAUUGAUGGAGAUACUGUGAUUUUAAAAAACAAAGCAUUAAUAAAACUCUCAGAAAUAUUCGAAAACUAUCAUCUUAAUGGAAUAUUUUUGAUAGAUGAAAUAAAUGAUUGA